AAGUCUACAAAUAGAAGAGCUCCAUCAGGGUGAACUGAAGUUAAUCUUAAGGAAAAAUUUCAUUACAUGGAUUGUGUAAACUCACUGAGACAGAAGUAAAGCUGGAAAGAAAUCUACAAGUGAAUAAAACAAGAAGUUUGGAAUUGGAUUUGGGGAAUCUGGGCUUGGAAAUGCCUCAGCCCAGUGUGAGUGGAAUGGACCCUCCUUUUGGGGACGCCUUUCGGAGCCAUGUGUUUUCAGAGCAGACUCUGAUGAGCACGGAUCUCUUGGCAAGCAGUUCAGAUCCAGACUUCAUGUACGAACUGGACAGAGAAAUGGACUAUCAGCAAAGCUCCAGAGACAACUUACUUUCGAUGGAGGACUGCAAAGACCUUGAGAACUUGGAGUCUUUUACGGACAUCCUGGACAAAGAAGCUGCUCUCACCUCCAAAUGGGAGCAGUGGGACACCUACUGUGAAGACCUAACAAAGUACACUAAAUUAACCAGCUGUGACAUCUGGGGAACAAAAGAGGUGGAUUACUUGGGCCUUGAUGACUUUUCAAGCCCAUACCAAGAUGAAGAGGUGAUAAGCAAAACACCAACACUGGCUCAGCUUAACAGUGAGGACUCCCAACCCGUUUCUGAUUCACUCUAUUACCCUGAUUUGCUCUUUAGUGUAAAACAAAACCCUUUAAAUUCUUUGUUACCUGGCAAAAAAAUUGCAACCAGAGCAGCAGCCCCAGUCUGUUCCUCCAAAAACGUUCAGGCUGAGGCACCUUUGUCGGACUGUGUUCAGAAGGCAAGCAAACCUGCAACUCAGCCUGCUUCCAGUGCACAAAUCAUGGUGAAGACCAACGUGUACAAUAACGAAAAGGUGAACGUUCAUGUUGAAUGUAAAGACUAUGUUAAAAAGGCAAAAGUAAAGAUCAAUCCUUUACCACAGAGCAGGCCGGUGCUGAGCCAGGCACAUGCUGAUGCAGCAAAGGAAAACACCUGCUAUUGUGGUGCUGUAGCAAAGAGACAAGAAAGAAAAGGAAUAGAGUCCCCCCAUAGUCACAGUACACCUCCUGUUUUGCCUUUUAAAGAGACUCAAGAGCUCCUCCUCAGUCCACCCCAGGAAACCCCAGGGCUUAUUGUGGGGGAGAGCAGUCUUUCUGCCAGCACAUCGGUGUCGGAUUCUUCACAGAAGAAGGAAGAGCACAACUAUUCCCUUUUCGUAACGGACAGUUUGGGUGAGCAGUCAGCCAAAGGAGACCUCGAGGAAGACGAGGAUGAUGAGGACGAUAUUGAAGAUGAGGACCAUGAUGAAGGAUUUGGCAGUGAGCACGAGCUGUCCGAAAACGAUGAUGAGGAAGAAGAUUAUGAGGACGAUAAAGAUGAUGACAUCAGCGAUACUUUCUCAGAGCCAGUAGUAACACUUAGUGGGUCUUCAAAGGAUGCUGAAUCCUGCUCUCCUGCAUGUAGAAAUGGAGCCUUAACAGCAGAAAUAAGAACUCACCUUCACCUAGAAGGGUAUGAAAAUGAUUCUGUGGAGGACUUAAAAGAAAUGACUGCAAUAUCCUCUCGGAAAAGAGGCAAGCGAAGAUACUUCUGGGAGUACAGUGAGCAACUAACACCAUCACAGCAAGAACGAAUGCUGAGGCCAUCCGAGUGGAAUCGAGAUACGUUACCAAGUAACAUGUACCAGAAGAAUGGUCUCCAUCACGGAAAAUAUGCAGCAAAGAAGUCACGGAGGACUGAUGUAGAAGACCUGACUCCCAACCCCAGAAAACUUCUACAGAUUGGAAAUGAACUGAGGAAGUUGAAUAAGGUGAUCAGUGACCUGACGCCAGUCAGUGAACUUCCCUUAACUGCCAGGCCAAGGUCAAGAAAAGAAAAGAACAAGUUGGCUUCCAGGGCUUGUAGACUAAAAAAGAAAGCCCAGUAUGAAGCCAAUAAAGUAAAACUCUGGGGUCUCAACACGGAAUAUGAUAAUUUACUGUUUGUGAUCAACUCCAUUAAACAAGAAAUAGUUAAUCGGGUGCAGGUACCUAAAGAUGACAGAGGAAUCAACAUGGAACAAAAGUUGAACAUACUUAUUAAAGACACUCUUGGACUGCCUGUAGCUGGACAGACGUCAGAAUUCGUGAAUCAAGUUUUAGAGAAGACUGCAGAAGGAGACCCCACCGGAGGCCUUGUAGGGCUACGAAUACCAAUGUCAAAAGUUUAA